AUGACUAGACACCGACCUGUUCGUCCUAUCAUGAUGGACUACGUCCCCAGCGCGCAAUACGCGCGAGAAGACAUCAAUUCCACCAACUACGAUCUUUCGGAUUUGUGCAUUAAGCAUAUCGAAACGCAUAUCAAAUCCGCUGAACUCUACCGUUCCAAACUGGCCGAGCUUCUAACGAACUCCCAGAAAGCUGGUACUAUUCCUCCACUUACGACAAUUGCUAUGAAUAGUAUGAUAAAUUCGUUGAGGGAAGAUCCCUCGCCGUCGAAUUUUGAGACUGUGAUGAAGCAUUGUCCCGAGAGUCUACUGGGUGCUAUGAUAGAUAGCCCGAAAUUGCAUUACACUUCAAUGCUGAGGUUCUCGGAGCAGAAAGGAUGGGAUAAGUUAAAAGAUGAUAGCAAGCGGGAUAUUUGGAUCUUAAAAAAUGAGUAUUUUGUUCGUGCGGAUGGAUCGGACUGGGGACUCCUAAAUCUUGAUGACGCUGAUAUUGUCUUCGGGCACUCUUCUAAACUCGUUGAGAAUGAAGCCGGCGAGCCGAUCUAUCGUGAGAUCACGAGAAAAAUCGCACCCACAUCCGGAUUACAAUACCUUGACCAAAAACGUACUCGAACAAUCAAGAUCCAACCGUCCACAGCUGCUUUCAAGAAAACAUUUGACAGGCUCAUGGGCGGAGCUCUAGAUGGCCUCGACUGGAGCAACGUCUUGGUUGCAGGAGGUAUGCCUCUUAGCACUCUCCUAUGCGUGGAUGAGAGCAUGGAUGAAAAAUUCAAGUCAAAUGACAUCGAUAUGUACAUCUACGGCUUGAAUCCAGCGCAGGCGAACGAGAAGAUAAAGCAUAUUGCCAACAUUUGGAAAAAGAACCUGAAGCCCGACGAGGACUUUGUGAUGAUAAAAAAUGCCCGAACUGUCACUCUGAUCGGGACUUUCCCGCACCGUCGGGUCCAAAUAAUCAUGAAAAUGAUCAAAAACCCUGCCGCGGUUUUGCUGAACUUCGAUCUGGACCAAGUUGCCAUCGGGUAUACAGGGGAUAAUGUCUUGCUUCUCCCAAGAUGCGCCAGAGCCCUUGAGACGGGUUAUGCUAUCUUCACACUAGACAUGAUACACGGACACCACUUGAAUGAGCGACGAGAAACACAAGAAUCACGAUUGCUAAAGUACGCCCAGCGCGGCUUCGGUGUGCGGAUUCUCCCAGAAUUCUGUCAGAUGGUUGAGAUCGACUUCUCAAAACGUCGGGUGACUCACCCUUUCAUCGACCAAGCUGUUGGUGACUUGGGUGGGUCGCACAGAUAUUGGUACCGCCAUGAGGCUCCUGAAACUCCGGACAUAGUUUCCGGUAUCCAGGCUGUGAGAAGGGUAUUCGCAGCGGGUGAAGAUAUGGUCCAUCGAUUUUACAUUGGUAGAACCGAAGUCAGCGCACCGGAGGAUUACGACGAUGAAGAUGGCUUUUAUAGUGAUCCUGAGGACCAAAACACCUACAAUCAUGCGAACUACUACCUAUUUGAUUGGGUAGAUCCUGAUACCGGAGACAAGAUGAAGCUGCCUAAGGGACAGUUUAGCUCAAUAGACACCUAUCGCUCCGGCGUUGGUGCGCCACAUGGAAAACGCGGCCUCGGGUCAUUGGAAAUGCACGCCCGCCACUGUGCCCUCUUCCGCUUCGAACAGGAAAAGAAGAUGAUAGUAGAUUAUAACACCCUCGCCUCGACAACUUACGACGUGGAGUCCUAUGACAUGCUCCCACAGUACAAUUGGAAUUCGAGUUUCACACCAAAAUCAUUUACAGAUGCGAUCGAUGACUAUAACGAAAACUUGUUUCAAAAGUUUUGUUCUGUUCUAGAAUCUGACCCAGCAAUCGAAGCAUCUGUACUUGGACCACGACGGAGUUACAAUCGGGCGUAUGAAUCGGGGUGGAAAUCACAUUUGAAAGGAUAUCUCACUCGUCGUAUCCGAAGAAUUGCUUACUCCAAGGAUAUCAAUGAGCUGGUCGACCGUUUCCAGAUUGUUCUCCCAGUGGUAGUCAAUUAUCGAUUAGAAGAAUGGAUUAAGGAAACAUUCGCAAAAGCGCUGGAUGACGCUGGUAUUCCCUCUCACCAGCAUGAUAUCCUUAUCCCGGUUCAUAAAUCUGGUAUGGGCGAUGGUCGGCUGCCGGAUACAACUGAAAGUGAUGAUGAGAACGUGAGAUAUUGGGUUAUCGACUCAACAACAGUAUGGGCGGGUUUGGAUAGGCGAAUUGAUGAAAUAUUUGAAGUUCUAUGGGUCCUCUCAUUGAGUAACGAUCUUGUUUCAGAUAAUCUUCUAGGAUACGGCUCCCGGGAAGAUGCUGCGAAAGAAUGGUAUCAACUAGUCGCUACAAUCCUUCUGAGAAGAGUCACAAAGCUAUCAAUCCAACAGCUUGGGAUCAGCCGAGUGGGCCGCUCAGCGGGCAAAGUGGGCGAGGACCACGACGAAUCAGCGGAAGAAGGAGAAGGUUUGAGCAGAGAAUUCAUCGAACCGAGGAUUCCGGAGGACAUCAACCCGUUGGAAAUACCCAACGAACGCGACCAAUAUCUAUUCACAAAGUGGUUGACGGAGAGGCCAAUCGAAAUCUACCGGAGCUACCAAUAUGAAGUCCACAACUCCUAUCGCGAAAGCAAUAAUGCCGUCCCUCCUCCAGCGAUAAUGUACCUCCGCGAGGGUGGCGAUUAUUCGGGCACCGAAUGGACUGAUUGGCCUGAGGAUUCUCCAGGUUUCGAACCCGUAGCAACAUUCCGCCCGCAACCAAGAAGGAAAAUACACUCUAGUGAUGCAGAAGGUGAAGAAACUGGCGGCGGUGAAGACGCAGAAGGUGAAGCUGCCCCUGCCGAGGACCCUGCCGCUGAGGGAGAAGGAGCCCCUCGAGGUUUAAAGCGGCAACGGGAGUCUGUUGAUGUCAUGGAUAUGCUUAGGCCGAGUGGACCUGGCGCUAGCUUUGCUUCAUUUGGUAAUGACACGGCAAUGGCUGACGCUGAUAAUCAUGGCGAAGGCGAAGGGGCCGGGCCGUCGUCGACGGCUUAG